CUUGUGACAGCAUUUCUAAUUUUAGUUGUUGAUAAUGUUUCUUAUGACUCAUGUUUUUAAUGAAACUUAGAUUGUGAUUUUAGUUGUAGUUUAGUUAUUACUUUGUGUGUGUAAGUUUUCUGUAUCCAGACAUGUGAACUGUUCUUAUCCUCCUUAACUAGGACAUCUAAGAACUGUAUGGACUUAUCAUUUUCCACUUCUGUAAUGAAUCAAAUGGUUGAAAAUUCAUUGAUUAUCUGUUCCAGAAACCGGAUUAUUGAAUAUAUUGGCAAUUGUUAUUAGAAGUGAAAUUCUAAUACAAGUCAUAUUUCAUGUGUCCUACAUACUUAUUCCAUUUCAGACAUCUGACCCAACAAUGAAAAUAUGCUGCCAUCAUCUAAUCAAGUUCAGUUGCAUGGUUUAGACAGUGGUUCCGAGGAGAACUGCCAUCAGGAUGCCGAUUUACCCAUGAUGAAUAAUAAUGGGAUUGAAAAUAUAAAAUUAAGAGGAGAUUCGAAAGCUGCCAAAUUAGGAGACCGAUACGAAACAUCAAUCCUGACUCAUCUCGCAAUUCGAUGCGCAUUAGAUAAAACGAUUCGAAACUUCCAAAUUGUAUACAACGCGAAAGACCACGGUGAUUUGGACGACAUCGUUAUCAACGAAGAUAAUCGCUUUAUGACCUGUGUGCAACUCAAACAUAAAGCAGAACGAAGCAACAUUUCGUUGGAAUACAAAAAAUUCGAAAAAACUUAUAACGAUGUACUUGUACCAAAAUAUCAGAAUCAUUUUCAAAAAGGUUUGAAAUUAAACAUUAUAGUUUUGUCCAAUUCAAAUGUUAGACUUCCUGAAAACAUGAAAAAAAUUGUAAGAAAUGAGGAAGUUUGGAGAAUAAGUUUAGUACCGGAAACGGAGAAGUGUUCCAACUUGAACAUGUAA